AUGAGCCACAUCGCCAAUUUCACUAUGCUUCUUGCAGCUGCCAUCUCCGCCAAUGUUACCAUAAUGAAGGGCUGUACUCCCGCUACUUACGAUUGCUACCAAAACGGCACCUGGAUUGUUCGGGCCAAUAAGGAUAAGAAGAAGGCCACAGGGCCUUCUACAGCAAAGGAAAGGGAACAUAUUAAUAAGAAAAAUGUGGCGUGGAAGGCAAAUACGACGUUCUUUGAGAAUCUUGCGCCGUUAAAGGAAUUGCAACUUCACCCUCGUGAAGAGAUGUUCAAUAUUUUCAACGUGGUGAAUUCUAUGGUUCUCGCCUCUUCCGAUAUCUCGCAGAUCGGAGAGAGCUGUCCCCGUGUCGGGCGACUUGACCUGAUCAUCAAUCGGUCCAAAGGUGACCGGAGCGAAACUGCCUGCUACGAGGUUUUUGGGCAGUUCCAGUCCCUAAACAAAUCUACAUUCAUUUAUACUACGCGAUGGAGCCGCUACGAAGGUUUAAGGAUCUAG